GGGGAGUAUGGAUUGGCUGAAGCUGUUGCAGAGAUCAAGGAAGGCAAUAAUCAGAUCAAAGUUAGGGACAGACAAAUUGAGGAGUUGACUCAGUACAUCAACAAAGUUGAGAUGAAGAUAAACGAUAUGGAGGAGGAGAACGAGGAUCUACGAUACAGACUUGGCCUUGACCCUCGGGAGCCCCUCGACCUCACACAGUUCAGGAAAAACAAGGCGACCAGGAAAGAGGAGGAGAAAGCUCUCAACUUUAUACUUCAGCGGGAGGUGGAAAAACUUGAAGAUGAGAGGGUAGUUUUAAAGAAGAAGAUCCGAAAGCUUGCUCAGCAAACAGGACAGAGAGCCGUAGCUCUGGGUCUGACUGCAGAAGACAUGAUGGCUGUGGCCGACUUCCAGGAGGAGCUCAAAGCGACGCGCGUCAAAAACGCCGAGGCUACAUCCACAGGGGCGCAGAUCAGACGGGAGGUUGAGAGCGAGGAGACGCAGUUGAGACAUCGGGAGGCUGGCGACGAGUUCCGAGAGAACAUGCGAGAAAUGGACAAACUAUACAGAGAGAAUGCACAGUUCAAGGCCAAGGUCGAGCAGCUGGAAAACGACAACCGACAGCUGGAAGGCGGGCUCAAGGAAGUCCUGGAGAAUCUUCAGAAGUACAAACCAG